UUUUAAAUGUCCAAAAUUAGAGCAAAUAUCUGCUAAAUUAACAAGAUACUGUAUUCCAUUUUGUUGAAUUUCUACCAUCAUCUAUUCCAAAGAAUGUGCUGGUGCAUGAGAAAGCCUCAAAAAACCCCUCAGCAGUCAAUACUGUACAUCAGUGGUGACAGCACGUUAUGAUUUCAAGGUUGCAAAUGAAACGAGGAAGGAAGAACAAUUUUCCAUAUUCAUUUAUAAUUUCUUCCAGAUAAUCUUUAAAGAAUUGCAGUAGGAAGAUUUUACAGAUUCCAAAAUUUCAAUUUCAGAGAAAUGUUAUAGUAUAGGAAAGCUGUUAGUAACUGAGAAUGUACCAUGUUUUGGCGCUGCUUGGUUGUAAUGGACAGGCCACAGUGCUGAGUACAUGCAAGAACAAGGCAUUUGGAAACAAUUGUUGCAGUGUGAUGCAUUUCUGACUCAAGCAACUUGUCUGGAGCUUUUUGAAUUGAUUUUCUUUGCUUGGGAUAUGUCUCAUCAGUCACAUUUGAACUAAAAAAUAAAAAAAGGGAGAAAAACUGAAGUGGAUGGAGAGAUUUCUUACAACCCUAAUUCCUCCAAAAAGUCAGAUUUGGAUAAAGGAGAUGAUAUGAAGGCUCUUUCACUGGUAAUGGGCAUAGAUAAUGAAAUUUUAACUUGACAGUACAUAUUUAGACAAAAACGUAAAGUUAUGGCUUAUGAAAAAAUCCACUCACAAAGUUUUAUAAAUUCAGAUUGGACCAAUAGGAACCAUAAACUAAUUCCUUAAUUGUCUAUUCCCCUUUCCUAUUAACUGUGGAGAAGAGAAUAUCUCCAUUAGCUUGAAUUACAGUGAACAUAUAAAUUUUAUUAUUUUGUAUUUUGACUAGGCAAGGAGACAGAAGUCAGAGCUUUGCCAGUGUCUCGCUGCUUAAGGGUGCUCAGGCUUUUAACUUCUGCCUGCCUCAACUUUCCCAGCUGUGUAGUGAUUAGGCUAUGCCACACUUUGGAAAGCACAAAUAGGAAACUGCUGAGCUGUUUAGUAGCAUAUAAAUAGAAUUUAAAAAUUCCCUAUCUGUUUUUAAUUUCUCAUCACAAGAAUAUAUGCUUCCCAAAAGUUCUAAAAUCCAGGGGGCAGGGGAUAUUUUAAAUUAAAAAGUUCAGUAAACAAACCUAAACGUGGAAGAGAGAAUUUUUUCAGUACAUUUGCAUGCAGUGCACUAGAGGGCCCUCAGGAGUUAGAAAUGGAUGGAAUGCACUUUUGGAAGGCAUAUACUUCACAGAACUUUUCAUUACAGAAUUUAAAAUAGAAGUUGCUGUGGUUUUGUGUGUGUGGGUUGUUUUUUUUUUUUUUAAUAAUGUGAGGUUCAUGUAAGUUUAUAGCAGUUCAUAUGCAAACCACCUCUCAGUAAAGUUAGCUUCCAAAUUGUACUUAGCUUGCAAUGAAAUACCUAAAUGUGAACCAUACUUAAAACUGAAAUAUGUGCUAGACGCCAGCUCAGUUACUUUUAUUGACCUAAGGAGUUUACCAGAACAAAGGAUGUGUCAAGCUGAAUAGUUUGUAAAGGAGAUACAUCAGAUCUUUUAGACUACAAGUCAGUAAACUUUGCUUACGCAGCUGGCUCCAUUCAUUCUCUGAAACCAAUCACUUUCCCUGUGGUGGCUGAUAAGAAUUUAACAGCUUGAGAAGGUGGAGUGCAUCCUUAGUGCUAACCACUUUCCCAGGCAUAUCAGUAGCCUCUGUCCAUCACCCAUGCUGGAAGCUAGUUGGAAAACAAGAAAUAGAAAUUGGGGAAGGAAAAUCAUGCAUCAUCAUCCUGGCUGUAAUGCACCGAAGACUUUAUGCUGUUUUCAUCAUGUGGAUUCACCAGAGAAAUGACCACCUUUGAUCAGCAAAGUAAAAUCAAAAACUUGUUUAUUUGCUGCCUGUGCCCCUCGCGGGUGUUGAGGCUCUGGACUUGCAGGCGCCCAAGGACAAGGAGGAAUCUGCUUGUGGGCACCGCCUGUGUGAUCUACCUGGGAUUCCUUGUCAGUCAGGUUGGUCAUGUUUUACCCCAGCACAAAGGAGGACAUCAAAAGAUCAGUUCCAGAAGUCUCCAAGAUGCAGCCCAAACUCCUUUUCUGGGCAUCCCACUGGAUGGCACCCUGUCACCACCCAAUUUCCAGGAACCCCAGCUGGGUAGCAAUGGGACCUUGCUGCCACCCAAUGUAGUUUAUAUCACCCUGCGGUCCAAGCGCAGCAAGCCUGCCAAUAUCAGAGGCACAGUGAAGCCAAAGCGCAGGAAGAAAAAUGCAACGCCUUUGUCCUACGGGCAACAUUUUCCAAAAGCCACUUUUAUGGGCCUGGAAAAGGCCUUUGCCCAACAGCCAGGGAGGGCCAUGCAUGCCACGGGCACAAUGGGAGCAGCAGUAGCUCUGGAGGCAAGAAAGUACCAGCUGGAUGAACAUAGAAAUAAAGGAAUGGUGAUUGGGGAGAGGGGUCAUCGGAGACCUGGGAUGAUUUCUGGAGCUGUGAAGGCACAGCCCCAGCCUGAGGAAAGCAAUAUCAGGAUUUACAGUGAGAGCUCUCCCUCGUGGAUGAGCAAAAAUGACAUCCUAAACAUGCGAAUGCUGGCAGAUUCUCCGAUAGAGAGCAUCCAAGAAGUACCUUCACACAAAGCAGUCCUGGUCGUGUUUGCAGGAGGUCCCAGCACCGCAGGAACUGCUUGUGAUCAAGGACACUGUGGGAUCGUCAAAAGACCCCUCGACAUGAGCGAAGUGUUUGCCUUUCAUUUGGAUAGGAUCUUGGGGCUAAACAGGAGCUUACCUUCUGUAAGCAGGAGAUCAGAGUUCUUCCAAGGUGGUCAAGCCUGUCCUGUUAUUCUCUGGGAUUCCUCACUGAGUCCAACAGAUAAUAGUACCCAUUCUUCAGUGAGGUUAACAUGGGGACAAUAUCAGCAGCUGUUGAAGCAGAAAUGCUGGCAGAAUGGUAAAGUUCCCAAAGCUGAGUGGGGCUGUACUGAAAUCCACCAUCAUGAGUGGUCCAAGAUGGCACUUUUUGAUUUUCUUCUGCAGAUCUAUAAUCGACUAGACAGAAACUGCUGUGGAUUCAAACCUCUCAAGGAGGAUUCCUGCAUGCAGCAAGGACUGAAGCUGAAAUGUAAUGAUCAGGAUGCUGUUGACCUGACACACAUAGUUCAGAGAAGGCAUGACCAAAGGCACUUGGCCUUUGUAGACAAUAAGGGUUUCUUUGACAGAAAUGAGGACAAUCUUGACUUCAAAAUACUACAAGGAAUCAAUGAAUUCCCUGAAUCUGCAGUUUCAGUGCUGAGGAGCCAGCGUUUACGUGAGAAGUUGCUCCAGUCUUUGUUCCUUGACAAAAUAUACUGGGAGAGCCAAGGAGGCAGAAAAGGAAUUGAAAAGCUUAUUGAUGUAAUAGAAAGGAGGUCCAAAAUUCUUCUUACUUAUAUAAAUGCACAUGGAGCCAAAGUAUUGCCCAUGAAUGAAUGAAACAGUCUUGUUUCCAUCUGAGAGACAGUCUUUAAAAAAUUUUGUAUGGGACAAAAAUUGACAGUAAAAUUGAUUUAAUUCAUAGAAUUAUUUAAUUUUUUCCCCCAAACUUUCAAGGUUAUUUUUAAAUAAGAAAUCUUACAUAGUUUAAAAGCAAUACUUAAAUGUCAGCUUCAGCUCAACACAGUGAAGUCUCUUCUAUGUCACCAGUGGCAUGAAAAAUAACCAAAUGGUGCAAUAAAUAAUAUGCAGUAAUAUAUAGGUAUCAUGAACACUCCUUCUGUUAAACUGUUUGAAAAUUAGUAACAGGAUUUUCAGUACAUUAGUCUGGAUUACUCUUACUUCCCCCAUUCAAGUCAAUAUAAGUUUUUCUCACAAGAUUAAAUAGGACCAGAGAUAUAUAAGCUUGAUGACAACCGUCAUCACGUCUACUUCCUGAAACAUAUAUACAGGAAUUUGUCUUUUUAUUAGGAAUACUAAAAUCCCAACAUUUCCAAGGCUUGUUUUAUUUUAUUUUGAUCUUUUGAAAUCUGAGAACUAAAUUCAGCUCUUUUAAAGACAGGAGUGCUUGCACUGGACAUGAAAGAAUUUUAAAAACAGGGAAAAGAGAACAUGACUUUAACAAUAAUAAUUAUUUUGACAAAUACCUGUCCAGUAUGGAGUACAAUUCAUCAUGAGUCACUCAUUACAAUGUACUAUUUUCAGUUCAAGUUGUUCUGAUGUGUAGGUGGAUAAUCUGAUAUUUUCUGUCUAUUGAUUAACUGGGUAUUUCUCACAGAAUUGUCCUUUGCUACCACUAUUUUUAAAAGUGGCUUUAGCUUUUUGUGAAUAUGCUGCUGCUACAUGUUUUGUUUUUGCAAAAUUCUUGACAAUAUUUUUUGAGAAUUAUUAAAAAGCAGACCUACUAACAACAUGAGUGUUGAUAAACCCAGCACCCAGGAAAUGUUUAUUCUGUGUGCUCAGCUCUGGCCAGCAGUUCAGGCUCUGGUUUUCCAUUAAGAUUGACCACUAUGGAAUGACUUGCCCUAAGUGUUCCCAAAGGUAAGGCUGUUAGAGAAAGUCAGAGGAUUUCUAUCCUGCAGAAAUAAAAUAUCAACUGAUUCUACCUGUUUGUUUAGAAAGACUUUUAUCAUCUUUCUAGAGAAAUAUCUAUCAUCUACUUGCCCUGAGAUAAUGGUAGAAGUUGGAUACUUUUGUAGCUACUCUUGUCUUUAUGUAUAGUAAAAAAAUAUAUGGUGUAUAAGAUUUUAAAAUAUUGUUGAAAGUGCUUGUUUAAUGUCAUUAAUGAGAAACUAAAAUGUCUCAUCACUGUUAGUGUGGAUGAAUUUAAUGUUUUAAAUAACUACAAUUCCACUAAAACCAGCUAAAACCAGAUUUCUUUCUUAGUAUCAGAAAACCUAUUAACAAUAAUUGCAUUACUAGGAGAAAUAGAUCUCAUUAUAGACAGACUUAAAAAUACUUAGUAAAAUUUUAAGGGCUUAGCCAGCUAAUAAUAUUUUAUUUUGUAGGCAAAGAACAGAUAAAUCUGUUAAAACUUACUAGAACUUAACUAUUGCCUUGAAAGCACAUGUUUUAGAGUGCCUUGGACUUUUUAAUAGCACCAAAGUAGAAUUUUAUAGGAUUUUCAUCUUACCCCUUUCUUAAAAAUGUUGUAACUUAUCAGCCAGAUAAUUUUUUUCACAGAAACAAAAAUGUUAAUUUGUCUUACACUGUGAACAGAGUCUAGAGAAAGAAGUAAUCCUAAGGAUCCAUUUCACAUGGAAUUCCUGUUGCAGUGAAUUUCACUCUUUGAUGACCAUCAUGAUCAAUUUGUCUCAUUUUCUAGCGUUUCUCACAGUUUUCUUCCUGCUAGAUAUCUGUUCAAAUGGAUUAUCAGACACUGCUGGGAGUGGGAGAAAGGCGUGAAUCCCAGCUGCACUAAACAGUAGAGGGCCAAGUGGAGAUAUGCAUGUACCUGAUUAUGAAAAAAGUCCUAUGGGAACUCUGUCUUCUAUCUUUUAGACUGCACAUCCUGAUGCCAAGUCACUUCCUCACUUUGCCAAGUUGUUUUUUUUUUUCCAGAAUUGGGUCAUUUUCCAAGAAAAGAAGGAAAUUGAAAGUAAGGAUUUUUUUACCUUUUUCAGGUUGGGUCAUUUAUUUAUAUGGUCGUAACUCGAUGCAUUCUUCUCCGUUUCUUCUGGAUAUGGACUAGUGUUUCCCUGAGCAUGACACAUGCUCUUUUAUUUGCCUGGCAGUUCAGUGCCAGCUCUUAAAGCAGCAAUGUAAUUGCCUACUAGUAAGAAAUUGCCCUGAGGCUGAUCUGGACCACUGCCUCUCAGUUGUCAUGAGUUUAAGAGGUCUGAGCAGCCAUGAUGCUGUGCAGUACUUGAAAAUUUGACCAAGCAUGAAAAGCAUAACUGUAAAAAGCAGAACUUCUGGAGACUUUCCAAGGGCAAAGAAAUACUUCUUUCUCUGAAAGUCUGAAUUUGUGUCUAGGACAAGGCAUUCUGCAUGCUGCUCUCAUCUUACAAUGGUGCAUUAUUAUGGCACUAUGCAUAGCUGGAGGUUAACAUGCCAUAUUUCUUAUGUGUGCAAACACUCUCAUAAGUCUUCAGGUAAGUCAGGAGAGGCUUUGUGAAAUUGGACGGUGGGAUUGGACUGUAAAUUUCUUCUAAUUCUUUAAAGUUCAUAACAAACUCCAGAAAGUGCUUUUUCUCCAUAAUGUUUACCCUGUUGCUGCGGAGCUUGGUAUUUGAAUCCAGUAUUGUUAAUAAUGCAAAGUAUGAUUGCAAUAGCGCUUGUGAGUACAUACAAGCCAAGGUCUAGGGGGUUGUUUUAUGAUAAUGAAGAAUUCUGUAUUUUUUGAGUGCAUUUGCAUAAAAGCUACAGUAAAAAAUACAAAAAAAGCACUUUAUUGAGUUUGUUCAUUCUCUGCUACUGCAUUCAAGAUACCUGCUGUCCCUUCAGUAACAGGGGUAAAGUUUAUUGGGAAAUCGGUUCACUUCCUUUGAAAGCAGCGUGACAUUGGACUGACAGGAAGCGCACUGUGGCCUAAAUAAUAUUAACUGACAGGGCAAAUCCCGAAGAAGUCUUACUCAGCCUGUGGUGAUCAAUAGAAAACCAAGAGUCUGUGCUUUAGUCAUCUUUGCUGGGCUGUCUUCCAUUUCUGGGCAUAUGGGAUCACACAAAUGUUGGUGUUGCAUAUUACUUGGAAGGGUGUAACCAACAGCAACAGUGCAAAACCUGUGGGUAGGAAAAGGCGAUUAUGUCAUUCUUGAAUCUGCUUGAAAGCCAGAACCACAUGAAAUGGAAUUACUAAGAAAGUCAAAAGAGUCUGCUGAUUUCAUAACAUUGGGAGUCAGAGCUUAAAAUAAGUAGCACAGGCACAGAUGCCUUAAAAUUCCUCGGGAGCCUGCCAGCAAGUUAAUACUCUUAAAUGUUUCAGAAGCUGAGGACAUGAAAACUUCUGUGGAGCACUGUGAGAGCAGUUUCCUUCUUGUUUUUUGUGUGUGUACUCCAUAACAUGCUAUAUUAAAAUAAUAAUAAUAAAAAAGAUAAAUUCCAUGGUUUCAAAUGAGCAAAUACAGAUUAAGGAUACAUUAAGGGACAAGGUUCCUCUAGCAAUUCUGGGAACACUUUCAUGUGGAUGCCUGUGUAUGCAAACACAAACAUACAUGUAUAUAUUUAUAUACUUAGGCUUGUUCCUAUGAAAUGGUCAGUUUGGCUAAUAAAGAGUGAGCUGUUUAUGUAA